AUGAGCAACAAAUACGUCCCCCCUCACCUGCGUGGUGGGGGCGGCUCUGCUGCAGCAGCAGCAGCAGCACCUGCUGCAGCAGCAGCAGCAGCAGCAAGCCGACCCCCAGCAACAGUUGAGGGUGCAGCAGCACUAGUGAAUAACAUCCUGCGUGCUCGAACAGCAGAAGAGGCAGGAGCUCAGCAGCAGCAGCAGCAGCAGCAGCAGCAGCAGCAGCAGCAGGGUGAGGGGGGGGCCCCCGGGGGCCCCUCUCCAGCCGAAGCAAAGGGUGCGUGGGGGUCCUGGGGCAGGGGGGCCCCCAACCUACGCACAACAAAACAGCCGCAGCAACGCUCCUCUGCGUUGAGGGUUGUUGAGGUUGACUCUCUCGUUCUUAUGAAAAUCAUUAAACACUGGAGGGGUUAG